AUGCCUCUAGUUGCUCCCAAAAAAUCUGAAUGGAUCCCAAAUGAAUCAGCAAAUGAAUGUAUGUGUUGCAAACAAUUAGUUUUUACAAUGUUUAAUAGAAGACACCAUUGUAGACGAUGUGGCAGAGUUGUAUGUGGAUUAUGUUCAAUGAACAGGCUGAAGUUAUCUGCUUAUAAAGAUUUAAAUGUUCGUGUUUGCAAUCAAUGUUAUGAUCAAACAAGAAUUGCUGAAGGUAUUUCUAGUGACUCCUGCACAUCAGACGAUGUCUCGUCAACUUAUUCCAAAAGAGAUUACAAUCAAUCAAUUAGUGAAAAUAUUAGUGAUGAAAAUGAAUGGAUAUUAGCAGGAGAUUUAGAUCGAGAUAAUGCAGUAAGAGAAGAAUUUGGUUUUACGCAUGCUCCAUCAGUCUCAUUAUGUUUAUCAAUUCUGUCUCUUUAUGAUGACUCAGAAGAAGCACCAAAUUUUUUGCUGUCUGAAUGUGAUGCUGUGAUUAGAAUAAUGAAGCCAAAAAUUAUAGGAGUGCCCAAUAAUGAGAUAGAUUACUCAUUGCUAAUUGAAAUAAUGCGAUCAAUGGCAAUUGCAGCUAAAGUGAAGUUUUCUCAUCUUAUACAAUUAAAAACAAAUUUUACCUCUGAAAUGUCUGGGACAAAUGAUGCAAUAGAAAAUAAAUGUACUUCUUAUUACUAUGCUGGUAUUUCACGUUGUGAUUAUAUACUGAAUUAUGCUGACUUAGCACAAUUGCUUGUGGAGCAUAGUUGUGAAGGACUCCUUACACAAACCAUGGAAGCUUAUGAUAUUCAGAUAUUGCGUGAGCAACUGAUGCUAUCUGAGCGAUGGACAGUGGCACUUGAAGUUUCUUUGAAAGCGGGUCUUGACAAAGCUAGUGUGUUUGCAGCUUGGGGUAAAACUUGUUUAAGGGCUGGUGCUUUUUUAACAGCUAGAGAGAAAUUUAGUCAUUGUCUUAAAGCAGUACAUAAUUCAUCGACAUCUUCCAGUGCACAACAUCAGGAGAUAUUUACAGUUGAGAAUUUCAUGGAAGAAAAAUAUUCAAGAAAUGUUUUUAAGUAUGCUACAAAUUAUACUGACAAUAAUAUACAAGAUUCAGUUUCUAAAGUACCAAUAAAUGCAAGACCUUCCAAAGACCCUAUAUUAUUAAAUGAAAUAAUUGAAAUUCUGGAGAAAACACAUACACUAUUGAUGCAAGUAUAAUGAAAAAUUUUGAAGAAAUUAAACAGUCCCAAGAAAAUUUAUUACAGAAAAAAAUAGGUGGUCAUAUGAGGAACAAUUUACCAGAACCUCCAUUAUAUGUUUUACAUACAUUAUCUAAUUUAAAAAAUAUUAUGAAUGGCAUAUAUGAAUCAGAAGUGGAGGGUGAUAAAUCCAAACAAAAGAGCAAACGUGUAAAAGGUAGAUCGGAUAGCAUUCAACAUCAAUCGUCUGAUAAUCAUGAAAUGAAAAAUUUAGAAAAAUUUAUUUUUGAUGAAUGUAAAUAUUAUUUGAAGACAUAUGGAUCUCAUGAAGGAAUUAUAAAAUUUUAUAUGCAACAUUCCACAGUGAAUCAAGUUUUAGAAUAUAUUUUAAAUAAUACUGUAGAUAAAAAUAUAUUUACGGAAGCAGUUUAUAUGGAGUGUUUAAAAACUGGAUGUAUUGAAACUUUGCACCAUCACAUGGCUUCCAUGGAUUCAACACUCAUUAUCUGGAAGGACUAUCUCAGCAAUACUUGUAGAUAUUUAGAAAAAUAUAAGUAUAUGAACACACUCUACUCAUUACAACUAUUUAUGAAAGAUCUUGUAAGAGCCAGCAUGACGUGCAUACAUUUUUAUUCAUUUAAUUGCUCCACAUAUACUAGUUUACAUGAAAAUGCAGAAUAUUUAAAUAC